AUGAAGUUUUUCAGCAGUUUGCUUGCAUUUUCGCAGGCAUAUCUUGUCGACGACAUUCCAGAGCCGAAUGAAGAGCUGAAUGUUUACGCCCUUCCAAUGGGCCACGGAGAUGGCACGAUCAUCCAAUGUCCUGGUGGACCGGACGGAUCGGGCGGAGAACUGAGCAUUUUUGACCUUGGAACGAUUGUGAAGUACUACGAGUGGUGGGAUGUUGUCAAAUUUCUCGGCGAUUAUCCGAUCAGAUACAUGUUUCUGACUCACGCCGACGAGACCCACGUGAGCUUUUUCCCAAAAGUCUUCCCGACUGACCAAGCUGAGACAGAAUCCUACCCGAAUCUCUCUCAACUGCAGCAGAUCUACCAUACUUGUCCCUUUGACAAUUACUCUUUCGGUUCUUGCAAUUCUUGCCCUCAAGAUACAUCAGUCAUGGACUGGCUUGAAGACAACAAGGAAAAGACAUUCAUGAUCAACGAAGGCGAAGCCUGUGGAACUGCAGCUUGUCUUGCUAACGGAGGUGAUUUGAAGAAGUGCACUUGCUCAGAUGAUAGAGGAAUCUCCCUCUGUCCUGGCCAUCUCGAUAUAAAAUUGGAUUUUGUGGCAGCAAAUUUAAAUAAUUGCGAACGGGAUAGAUUUGGGCAACUUAAUUCCGAUAAGGACAGUCUUGUUGCAAAACUCUCCUGGAAUGAUUUCUCAAUGAUGCUGAUGGGAGACAACAAAAGCCCCGAUCAAGAGCGAGUUGUUGACUUCUAUGAUUCGAUCGAUCCCGGCUACCUUAGUUCUACUGUUCUCAAACUCUCACAUCAUGGAAGCCUCUACGGAACGACCUUGGAUUUGGUCGACGCUGUUCAGCCAGAGAAAGCUCACUUGAAUCAAGAUUGGAGCUCUGGAGAAUGCGCGACAUUUCAAAAGGUCAAGGACUCACUCCGUAAAUACGAUUCCUCUUCUUCUGACAAGCAGUAUAUCCAGGAUGAAAUAAUCUGCUACGAUGCUUGGGCACCUGAUUUGCCUGACGACCAGCCGAUCCGAACCAGAGAAAACACCGAUGGCCUUGCUUAUUACAGCACUACCUACGGCUCGCGUUUCGUGAACCAGGAUACCCACAAUCCUGCCGGGCUCUACACCUGGCCAUGCAUUAUCAAUAGACUUGAUUUGAGCACUGAUGGAACUUCCGAGGGCACUCACAUGACACCAAGAGGUCAAGGUGAAAUGCCUUUCCCGCCUUGUUCGAAGCCUGAUUUUUGGAAUCCGUGA